UCUCAUUAUAUUUCACCUUACAUCAUGGUAUUCAAGGCACUUGUACUGGCCGCCCUUUCGGUCGCCGCCAUCGCCCUUCCUGAUAGUCACCCUACAUAUGGAUACCCUGCCCCUACUCCAGCUUAUCCACCCGCUAAAUACGACUUCAACUACGCCGUAAAUGACCCACCAUCUGGUAACGACUUCGGACAUCAGGAAGCCCGUGAUGGCGACAACACGCAAGGAUCCUACUACGUCCUGCUUCCCGACGGUCGUCUGCAGAGAGUUACCUACAAUGUGAACGGCGACUCCGGUUACGUGGCUGAUGUCACCUAUGAGGGAGAGGCUCAGUAUCCCACCCCAAAGGCCUCCUAUGGGCCUCCUCAGCCUUCCUACAAGCCACCUACCCCUUCCUACGCUUAAGGAGAACCAGUGACAUUUAUUGAUCUUGGGUCUUUGUAUAUUUGAAACACAAAAUAGAUUUCACCCAAAGUAGCAUCCUUUCAUGAAUUAGAUUAUACGUAAUAAAUAGUUUAACCGCUGUUUAAAA